AUGUUGUCGAUGCCAGCACCUCGGAUGCUCUCAAUGACGGGUUCAAGAUCCAGUCGGAACGUCCCCAUCAUCUACGUCUUGUUGGCAAUCUGCCUCUUACUCUUCUUCGUCCAAACCGAGUUCGGAUACACAGUCAUUGAAAAGGUGGCCGAUGCGAAACCACCAAAGAUCAACAGCCUCACAUCGACACCGACACCGAAACCCAAAUACAAGCCGCAACCGACAUGGACACCACCACCCGUCAAAGAUCCUUUCCCGCUCCUCUCUUCGGGCAUGCCGCCGCCGGUUCCAUCGUGGAAUAGACCCGAAAAGCCCAACGUCUACCACAAAUACUCCUUGACGACCGCGCCGCCCCUGAUGAUCGGCUUCACGCGGAGUUGGCCGAUGCUGCUGCAGACAGUUGUCGGAUACAUCACCGCUGGGUGGCCAGCCGAGCAGAUCUAUGUCGUGGAGAAUACCGGCGUUCACGAUUCGAAUGCUCGGGGCCGGUUAUCGCUGCAAAACCCGUUCUAUCUCAAUUACACGCAGCUCCACAUGCUCGGCGUUCACGUCAUGCGCACGCCGGUCCUGCUCAACUUUGCGCAGCUCCAGAAUUUCUUCAUCACAGUGGCAAAGGAGAAGCCGUGGUCGUACUACUUCUGGAGCCACAUGGACGCUUUCGUCCUCUCCAGCGAGGAAGGAAUCCCAGGAGUCUCUGGUGCGGUCGGCACGCCCGAGUACCAGACCAUCUACGAGCUGGCCGUCAAGGAGCUGAAUGAGACGAUGCGAUCAGAUCACAAGUGGGGCGCACGCUUCUUCGCAUACGACCACCUCGCCCUGGUGAACCCGCGCGCUUACGAAGACGUCGGUGGCUUCGACACGUUCAUCCCGUACUACAUGACUGACUGCGACAUGCAUUGGCGGCUCGAGGAGGCGGGAUGGAGCAUCAAAGAGGCGCAGGCGGGUAUCGUCCAGGAUGUUGCGUCAGUGCUGGAUGACUUACGCGUCCUGUACCGCGAGGGGGAGGUUCCCGAGGGGUUUGGCUUCACGGAUCCGAACCCACCACAGAGCAAGGUUUUAGGCGAGGUCCCCCUGGAAGACGACAAGCGGAGCCUGCCGGUACCUGACGCUGUUCCGGAAUUGGAUGAGACGGGAGCGCCGGUGGACGAUGCGGCUGAUGGCGUGGAGGAGGAUUCAACGACGGCUGUCGAUCCUUUGACAUCUUUCAGAAGGCUGCACAGAAUCAGCCAGGAUAUGUUCAACCAUAAGCAUGCGGAUCGCGAGAGGAAUACUUGGCAGUUGGGUCAGAGGGGAGGAGAUGCACGGGAGCCUUAUUCAUAUGAUGCCCUUGGAUUCCAGAUUGGGAUAGACGUCAUGACGGAGGCCGGACGGGAAACCUUUCGUCGGAAAUGGGGCCAUAGAGGUUGCGAUUUCGGUGCUGCUGGAUUGAGGCCCAGCGAUGCGUGGAAAGUAGAAAAGGAUUGGGAAUAA